CAGCCACGGCUGUCUCAACCUUCUCGGGGUUUUCCGCCGGCUCCACCCGAGCCACAAGUCUACAGGGCUCCUCGGAGCUUUCCGUCGGGACGCAGGACCCACCGCCAGGGGCUAGUACCUCCUCGAGGACAGCUAAGCGCAUCCCGAGGGCCGCCGGCCGGAAGCGCCCUCCAGACCCGCCCCCUGCCCUCCGGAGCCGGAAGCUGGGCAUCGGCAGCCGGCUCGGCGCCCUCCACUGACCGCCCCGACAAUGCUCCGCGCGUCCGGCUGCCUCCUCCGGACCUCCGUAGCGCCUGCCGCGGCCCUGGCUGCGGCGCUGUUCUCGUCGCUUGCGCGCUGCUCUCUUCUAGAGCCGAGGGACCUGGUGGCCUCGUCGCUCAGCCCUUAUUUCGGCACCAAGACUCGCUACGAGGAUGUCAACCCCUUGCUGUUGUCGGGCCCCGAGGCUCCGUGGCGGGACCCUGAGCUGCUGGAGGGGACCUGCACCCCGGUGCAGCUGGUCGCCCUCAUUCGCCACGGCACCCGCUACCCCACGGCCAAACAGAUCCGCAAGCUGAGGCAGCUGCACGGGUUGCUGCAGGCCCGCGGGUCCAGGGAUGGCGGGGCAGGUAGUACCGGCAGCCGCGACCUGGGUGCAGCGCUGGCCGACUGGCCUUUGUGGUACGCGGACUGGAUGGACGGGCAGCUAGUAGAGAAGGGACGGCAGGAUAUGCGACAGCUGGCGCUGCGUCUGGCCUCGCUCUUCCCGGCCCUUUUCAGCCGUGAGAACUACGGCCGCCUGCGGCUCAUCACUAGUUCCAAGCACCGCUGCAUGGAUAGCAGUGCCGCCUUCCUGCAGGGGCUGUGGCAGCACUACCACCCUGGCUUGCCGCCGCCCGACGUCGCAGAUAUGGAGUUUGGACCUCCAACAGUUAAUGAUAAACUAAUGAGAUUUUUUGAUCACUGUGAGAAGUUUUUAACUGAAGUAGAAAAAAAUGCUACAGCUCUUUAUCAUGUGGAAGCCUUCAAAACUGGACCAGAAAUGCAGAACAUUUUAAAAAAAGUUGCAGCUACUUUGCAAGUGCCAGUAAAUGAUUUAAAUGCAGAUUUACUUCAAGUAGCCUUUUUCACCUGUUCAUUUGACCUGGCAAUUAAAGGUGUUAAAUCUCCUUGGUGUGAUGUUUUUGACAUAGAUGAUGCAAAGGUAUUAGAAUAUUUAAAUGAUCUGAAACAAUAUUGGAAAAGAGGAUAUGGGUAUACUAUUAACAGUCGAUCCAGCUGCACCUUGUUUCAGGAUAUCUUUCGGCACUUGGACAAAGCAGUUGAACAGAAACAAAGCAUCUUCACCAGGCAUAGAUUUCAUCUCAAGAAACCACUUUGUUCAUCCAUAAGAAGCAACUCCUCAUGUGUUCAAUCACGUCUUUGGGCACCACUUGUAAUUUUCUUGCGAUUUCCACCACAUCUGCAGCUACUUCCUAUCAUCCAUGAGGGUUGGAAUCAGCCUCUUCCAUACUCCUGGUCUCAGCCAAUUUCCUCUCCAGUCAUCCUCCAGUUUGGUCAUGCAGAGACCCUUCUUCCACUGCUUUCUCUCAUGGGCUACUUCAAAGACAAGGAACCUCUAACAGCUUACAAUUACAAAGAACAAAUGCAUCGGAAGUUCCGAAGCGGUCUCAUUGUACCUUAUGCCUCGAACCUGAUAUUUGUGCUUUACCACUGUGAAAAUGCUAAGACUCCUAAAGAACAAUUCCGAGUGCAGAUGUUAUUAAAUGAAAAGGUGUUACCUUUGGCUUACUCACAAGAAACUGUUUCAUUUUAUGAAGAUCUGAGGAACCACUACAAGGACAUCCUUCAGAGUUGUCAAACCAGUGAAGAAUGUGAAUUAGCAAGGGCUAACAGUACAUCUGAUGAACUAUGAGUAACUGAAGAACAUUUUUAAUUCUUUAGGAAUCUGCAAGGAGUGAUUACAUGCUUGUAAUAGGUAGGCAAUUCCUUGAUUACAGGAAGCUUUUAUAUUACUUGAGUAUUUCUGUCUUUUCACAGAAAAACAUUGGGUUUCUCUCUGGGUUUGGACAUGAGAUGUAAGAAAAGGUUUUUCACUGGAGCAGCUCUCUUAAGGGGAAACAAAUCUAUUUAGAGAAACAGCUGGCCCUGCAAAUGUUUACAGAAAUGAAAUUCUUCCUACUUAUAUAAGAAAUCUCACACUGAGAUAGAAUUAUGAUUUCAUAAUAACACUUGAAAAGUGCUGGAGUAACAAAAUAUCUCAGUUGGACCAUCCUUAACUUGAUUGAACUGUCUAGGAACUUGACAGAUUGUUCUGCAGUUCUCUCUUCUUUUCCUCAGGUAGGACAGCUCUAGCAUUUUCUUAAUCAGGAAUAUUGUGGUAAGCUGGGAGUAUCACUCUGGAAGAAAGUAACAUCUCUAGAUGAGAAUUUGAAACAAGAAAGAGUGUUGUAAAAGGACACCUUCACUGAAGCAAGUCAGAAAGUACAAUGAAAAUAAAUAUUUUUGGUAUUUAUUUAUAAAAUAUUUGAACAUUUUCUCAGUAAUUCGUUUUUACUUCUAGGAAGUCUCAAAAGACCAUCUUAAAUUAUUAUAUGUUUGGACAAUUAGGAACAAGUCAGAUAGUUAGAAUCGAAGUUUUCCAAAUCCAUUGCUUAGCUAACUUUUUCAUUCUGUCACUUCGCUUCUAUUUUUGUAUUUUCCUAUUAUAUGAAAUGUAUCUUUUGGUUGUUUGAUUUUUCUUUCUUUCUUUAUAAAUAGUUCUGAGUUCUGUCAAAUGCCAUGAAAGUAUUUGCUAUAAUAAAGAAAAUUCUUGUGACUUUA